GACUUAACUGAUUCCUUUCACCAAGCAGAGCCAAAUGAAGACGUGCUCUGUUUGGGGGUAGGAUAGCUCUUAGAUAUCAAACAAAAUAAUACACUACAUUUCAUUGCUUGAUAUAAAUUUGAUAUUUUCAUGAGAUCCUGACAGCAUGCUAAGGGCACAGAAAACAAGAUAACACAUAUCUAGAGUUACUUCAGCCUGGGGAUAUAAGGGGUUAAAGAUGACAUUUUCAAAACAAACAUCAAGAGAGAAAGUGAGCGAGAAAGACUGUAGGUCUUUCAGCUAAAGCUGUGGGCCGGGCUUGAAGGUGUGGUGGCCUACUCCUCCCAGUGUGUAAGCAAGCAGUCGGUUAAGCUUCAGUCUAAAGGUAGAGCUUCAGAACAGAACACUGACUCCACUGAACUUAAGGCUGCAUCACCGGUGGACAGGCAGGCUGCAGCAGAGCCGCUGUCCGUUUCCAAGUGUAGGGUCAGUAGGAACACCAUGCCCCCAAGGACUGCAGCAGGAAGAGACUGGAAGAGGGCUGCCAGAGGCAAAGCAGGAGGCCGGGAGAGAGGGAGGGACCCAGAGGGGCAGCAGAAAGCCUCUCAGCUCACAGACCCGAGGAGAGGCACAUGACUCCCCCCUCUUUCACUGGAGCAAGGAACACCACUGACUCUGGAGUGAGAGAAGAAACUCUCCAGACUCAGAAAAGACAACCUCAAGGCUGUUCACAAGAAGACCACAGAACAUAAAAACAGACCUGGGAUCUUACAAUUACUCUAACUAGAUACAUCUUACUCCUGCCAAUGGAUUAACUGAGAGGACUGUUAUCUUUUUGGAUACCAGCACAGGUAUUGACAGAGUUGCUUGCUGUUCUUUUUAAAACGCUGGGCUUUCUGAAAAAGCAAGUUGACGGUGGUAUUUGCAUCAGAGCACAUUAUUAUGCUUAAAAACCAUUGGAUAUAAUGAAAAUGAUGGUGUACUUUUAUGCUGGGGGAUGAGGCUAAAGCUUAACUGGAAAUUACAUAGAUAACAUCAACGGAUGUGUACCCCUGAAAAUAAGGAAACUUAUUUUGUACUCUAUUCUUUGGAAUUAUCUUGUACAAGUGAUUGCUGCUUUCCACAGAAACUUUCCCAUUUUUGUAUUGACAUUCAUCAACACUCCCAUCCUCCAAACCCUCCUCCCAAAAAAUGUAUAACAGCACUCUGGAGACUGAUGGCAUAAGUUCUCUGGGCUUGAGCCAAAACAACACGAGCUGCAUUAAGAGUGACGGCUUCAAGUACACCAUGUACACUUCAGUCUUCAGCCUGGUCUUCAUAGUCGGGUUGCUCUUCAACAUGGUCGCAGUCUACAUCUUUGCCUGCACGCUGAAGCUGCGUAACGAGACCACCACCUACAUGAUGAACCUGGUGGUGUCCGACCUGCUCUUCGUCCUCACCCUACCCUUCAGGAUCUUCUACUUCAUCAACAGAGACUGGCCGUUCGGCAGGGUGCUCUGCCAGCUCUCAGUCUCCCUCUUCUAUACCAACAUGUACGGCAGCAUCCUCUUCCUCACCUGCAUUACCGUGGACCGCUUCCUGGCCAUCGUCUACCCAUUCCGAUCACAGGCACUGCGGACAAAACGGAACGCCAAGCUGGCCUGCUGUGCUGUGUGGGUGUUGGUGCUGUCUGGCAGCCUGCCGACGGGCUUCCUCCUGGACACCACCUCGCUCAGAAACGAAAACUCCAAUUCCUCCGUCAACUACUGCUUCGAGAACUUCUCCAACAAGCAGUGGCAGUCCAGUCUGUCCAAGGUGGUGGUGUUUAUUGAGACAGUGGGAUUCCUGAUUCCGUUGUUACUCAACGUCUUCUGCUCGGUCUCGGUCCUCCAAACACUGCGCCAGCCCCAGGCCAUCAGCCGUGGUGGCCAGCUCAACAAGACGAAGAUUCUGAGGAUGAUCGUGGUUCACCUCCUCAUUUUCUGCUUCUGCUUCAUCCCUUAUAAUGUCAAUCUGGUGUUCUAUGCCCUGGUCCGCACCAAUCUGCUGAAAGGCUGCGCUGUGGAGUCAGUGGUGAGGACCAUCUACCCUAUCGCCCUCUGCAUUGCGGUCACCAACUGCUGUUUUGACCCAGUCAUCUACUACUUUACAUCUGAGACCAUCCAGAACUCCAUCAAACGGAAGUCGAUGGCAGUUCGCAACAAUAAGAUGUUCGUGGGGCUUCAGACAGACACGCUGAAGAGCCACAGCACCAUGCAGAACAACCUGAUGACUCUGAGAGAAAAAGUAUUUCACAAUGAAUCCACUGUGUGACGUCACCACCUUGAUGAGGCAUCAAUAUUUCAGGUGACUCAAUUGUUGGUGCAACACACCCAGAUGAUCUAAAGCAAAAGACGGGAGAUCGGUGGUCUGGAGUGGAUUCUAUAAGAACCAUAGCAUCACAGGAAGCAAGUACAGUUGCAUUAAGGGUACCCACUAAGUCCACUGACUCAGCUCUGAGUGUUGUCGUGUUAAGGGCAAUUCCACGGUAUCAGUGACACUAACUAGGUUUCCAUUCAAUUGGCGAAAGAUUUAUGCAAAUAUUCUAAACAUCUGCACAAAUAAAAUACGUGAAUUUUCCCACCAGUGGUGCCAAACAAACUGGUGGAUAGAUAGAUAUCCAUCGCUCUCUGUGUAAUGCCAUACUGCACACAAAAUGUCAUUUCUCUUCAUUUUCAUGUACCGAAUAAAAAUCUAAAGUUCAAAGUGUUUCCAUCGCAUUUUCAACUCCACCGAUAGUUGUCAAAAACUGUUACGUAAAAUAGCAAAUGUGUCUACUCUGGUCUUGGCACUUGUGCUCCAGCCAACAGCUGACAGAAACAGUGUGGUUAGGCUAGUCUUGUGAGAUUAUUCUGGAUAAGAGAGAGAAUAUUUUUUGUAAAAACGUCAGUCAAGCAACGGUCAUCAUGUCAACAGAAUAAGAGGCGCGAUAUUUACUGGAAAGAAGCGUGAAGAUCAGGGUGCACUUUCACCACACUGAAGUUAAUAAUUUAUUUAAAUCUGUAGCCUAAUAAAACUUCCUGGUUUCCCCGAGUCGUAGUGGGAGGACCACACACUAUCGCGACUCCAAAUUUACUUCGACAUGAUGGUUAAUUAUAUCAACAUUUGCACAUGAAGGCAUUUCCACUGCCAUUUCUCAUAUAAUUAGUUUUACAGACAGAAAAAGAUCACCACGUUGAAUGAACAAAUUAAAAUUGUUACCAAAAAGUUGUUCCCAAACUUCGUAUCUGCACGGUACUUCAAGUAAAUGUGUUUUUGUAAAAUGUUCAGUGGAAAUUGUUAAAAGUAGUCCUUGUGCAUAGUUGUAUGGUUUGUUUAACUUGCCAAUCUUUGGUUUUUGUUUGACAAAGAUUUAAAGUGAAAAAUAUGAGUCUCAAUAUCCCCCUGUUACCAUGGAAUUGCCCUUAAGGAUUGCAUCAAUAGUGGUGUUGGCGGUCAGGAUUCUUCUACAUGACACAGGUCUGGGGGGGAACCCUGGACUGUGGUGCUACAGAUUUACAAAACAAAAAGUGUGAACAUUUACCCACAACACACUUUGUGACCUGUCAAACAGUGACUCAGGUGUCUAAAUGCGUCUCUAUUGAAAUACUUUAUACCAGGCAGUGGUCAGUAUUUUCCCUGCAACAAUAAGUACAGAACAUCGUAUAAUAAACUAAAAUAAUGAAAUAGCACUUUAUAUAGCAACACAUUUUACUUGCACGCCUCGCCCCCCCCAACGAUGAUUGUGACACCAAUUUAAAAAAUAAUAAUAAUGAAAGCAAACAAGUUCACAUUUAUUUUGUUGAGUCACCAGAAGUGAACAGUCGGUGGUAAAUAUGUAUGAUAUUACCCAGGUUUACCUUUGCACGCCAUAUAUUGAUUUGUGGGUAAUAAAACAGAGUGAGAUAUUUAGGGCAUUUUACAAAGACAUGUGGUUAUCAGUCCUUCAGGUUUAUGACGCCACCUCACUAGCUUAGCGAUAACGUUCUCCCUUGCUCAUAUUAAUCAUACAACUGAACGACUAAAUAGCUAGUGCACACAGAAACCACCUCAAACCAUUGCCAAGCAUGACAAAAAACGUCUGGCUAGCUAAUGACAACUGAGUUAAGAAGGAUUUGUUUGCUGUUGAUACAGUUCAUCAUGCAUGUGUUAAAUCAUUGUUUAAUUAAGUUGAGUGUCACACCAUAACUAAAUCAUAGAUCAUAAAAAUGAGUUCAGGGGGUGAAACAAAAACAAACUGAGUAAGAAAGUAGUUUUAAGUCUGAUCUAAUGGGUUGCUGGGUGGCUAUUUUAGAACAAAAAAAUGGAAAUAAUAUAUAUUUGAGAAAACCAAAAAUGUACCAAUGUCAACCAAAGUGAAUACAACAAUGAUUCAACACUCAAUGAUUAUGGAAAAGAAAAACAGCUCAAUGCUGUAUUUUAGGGCAUCAACAUCUUAUUCAUACACUGAACAAAAAUAUAAAAACACAACAUACAACAAUUUUACUGAAUUACAGUUCAUAUAAGGAAAUCAAAUCAAUAAAACCCUAAUCUGUGGAUUUUGCAUGACUGGGCAGGCGCACAGCCAUGGGUGGGCAUAGGCCCACCCACUUGGGAGCCAGGGACACCCACUGGGGAGCCAGGCCCAGCCAAUCAGAAUUAGUUUUUCACAACAAAGGGGCUUUAUCACCGACAGAAAUACUGGGUGGCUGGUCUCUAGAUGAUCCCACAGGUGAAGCCAGAUGUGGAGGUCCCGGGCUGGCAUGGUUUCAUGUAGUCUGCGGUUGUGAGGCCGGUUGGACUUACUUCCAUAUUCCCUAAAACGAAGUUGGAGCCAUCUUAUGGUAGAGAAAUUAAGAUUAAAUUCUCUGGCAACAGCUCUGGUGGACAUUUCUGCAAUCAGCAAGCCAAUUGCAUUCUUCCUCAACUUGAAACAUCUGUGGCAUUGUGUUGUGUGACAAAACUGCACAUUUUAGAGUGGAAUGUUAUUCUCCCCAGCACAAGAUGCACCUGUGUAAUGAUCAUGCCUUUUAAAUCAGCUUCUUGAUAUGCCACAACUGUCAGGUGGACGGAUUAUCUUGGCAAAGGAGAAAUGCUCACUAACAGGGAUGUAAAUAAAUUUGUGCACAAAAU